AUGUUCCGAUCCACGGUGUGCAUGGUGCGGAAGAUGUUCUUGCCCUUCUAUUCGAAGGAGCGAGGCCCUCCCAAGAUUCGACAGCAAGUGGUGGGCACUCGAGGACGGAGGUUCUUCAAGCUGGUGGCAUGUAACCAGAAGGACCCGCAACAAGGCAAGCACAUGGAGGUCCUUGGGAGCUAUGCGCCCAAGGCGAAGUCCAACGUGAAAGAGAUCCGCUUGCGCUUCUCACGGGUCAAGUUCUGGCUGGGUGUGGGUGCCGAGUUCAAUGAUGGCACCAGGCAGCUGCUGGCAUUGGCGAACCUGAUUCCCACGGGCCACUACCAAGAACUGCAGAAGGUCAUGGAGCGACGCCAAGAAGCACAUGAGGUGCAGAGCUGUCUCUGUCGAGCGGUGACGAUCGGUAUCUCCCCUCUCCCACUGCUGCACAUGCAAAUCUCCAGCAGCCGCAACAGCUCCAUUGAUGGCCAGGCUGCAGUGCGGGCGUAUCACAAGAACGCCCGGGCGGAGCAGCGGGCUCGGUGGUGGGGUCCGGUGGUCCUAGGCCGUUGUAAGAUUGUGACGACCAUGGUCAUGGGCAGGGAAGAUGCUCACACGAUUGCCGGGAACGCCGAGUGUGGUGGCGCUGUCACCGGCGAGCGCGGAGACUGGCAGAGGAUCGUCGUCAGCCUUUUGCGAGCCUGUGUGGCCGCGGAAGAAGCGGCUUCGGCUGCUUCGCCCACGGAACUCUUGGACUGGUCCACAGGCUGGGGAUCGAUUGAUCCCGGGGAGAAGGAAGACGUUCAAAAGAUGGCUCAGCAAGCCAAAGAACGUGAGGAAAUGGCUCGAAAGGAGCUGACCGAAGCACGUGCCGAUGAGCAGAAAGCUGCCGAGUGGGCACGACAAGCUAAAGCCGCUGGUGGCAAAGGGGCGGAGGCGGCCCCACCGGUGAAUCCCCUCCACAGCAAGACUGUGCACUUGCCAAUGCCUUCCACGUACGCCGCGGGCGGUGGUCUUGGGGUUCGGCAUGGCCUGACAGAGGUCUAUCAUGCUCGUAGUAGCCUGGUAGGAGAAGGCAAAAGGUGA